AAAAGAUUUGUCCCCUACUGGUGUUCUUGGAUAUUGCUGGCUGGACAUCGAGAAGCCUGCCACUUCCCUAAGGCCUUGCGCGACACACUCAGCAAUAUUCAAUCAGGACACUAAAAGAUACCAAAGGUUGGGCUGCUGUAUGCCUGUGCCAGGACGGAGCGUAUUGCAAUGGAAACUAAUGGCGCACCACCUGAACUGCAAGCAGCGAAGACAACGACAUCAAUCACACUCUCCUCGGACCUCGAAGAGCAAGUCCUCUCUAGAUUCGAUGACUUGGUGUCCAAGGGCGAGAUUAUCUAUGAGCCUUCCAGGACCGACACAGUAGAAGAUCGAGGGUUCAAGUUCGAGUUCUGUCUAGCCCCUCAUCUUCGCCGCAAGCCGAUUACAGCCUCGGACGCUCCAGAAAGGAAAUCUGGCCAAGGCAGCAAUCCGUUCUUGAACCCGGAUCCUAACUUUGUACUGUCAGCUGUCGGCCCGUCUCACCUACUACUACUCAACAAGUACUGCGUCUAUCGACCAAGCCUGCUCCUGAUCACUCGGCACUUCGCUCCUCAAUCCGACAGCCUUGACGGCAGCGACCUCAAAGCCGCGUGGGCACUGUUGACUCACUUCGAGCACAAACACAUGAUGAUCUUUAAUUGCGGGUACGAAGCAGGCUCCAGUCAAGGGCAUAAGCACAUGCAGCUGUGGCGAUACCCUGAUGAAAGUGACAUGGGAUUCGAGCUGUUCCCCAGCAAGGCUACUUCAAUGAGCGAAAUUACUAGCGACAUUGCGAACGUCCCACAUCGGCAUUUUGUCCUUCGACUUCCGGCAGAAGUUGAUGAAGCUAAGCUUAUGAAAGCUUACAGCGAGCUUCACCAGGCAGUCCAGGAAUGCCACGCGGAGCACGGCGGCGGCCCGGCUUACAAUGUUAUUCUCGUGAAAGAAUGGCUGUGCUUGAUCCCCAGACGGCAUUGUGGAUUGGAGAAAGGAGCCGGUGCGAAUGCUGCUGCAAUGGUUGGCCUUGUAUGGAUUAUCAGUAACGCCGAGAAGCAGAUUUGGUCGGCUGAGUAUUUCAAGUAUCUGGGCUACUCCAGAUAAAGCAGCGGAUAUAUCGUGCUGGUUAGACGGGGGAAGUCGUGCAUAGCCUAGCUCAUGAAAUGAACAUAGAAAUUAGAAUAACG